AUGGGUCCCUUGAGUCUAAACAGCCUCUUUUCGAGGCUGCGCGUAUCGCCAGUUCCCCAGGCGAUUGUUUCCUCGCCCGCCGCGACAGCAACCUCUCUGCUCAACAACAGCAGCAGGACGACAGCCGCCGCCGCCGCCGUGCGCCCCUUCACAUCAACACCAUGCGCCGCCGCAAAGGCAGCCAGCGGCAAGGGUGCCAAAGGCAGCAGCAAACCGGCCAAGAGGAAGAAGAAGGACAAGGGCGCGGCCCCGGACCCGCGGAUACGCAACCUCAAGCUCAGCAUGCCGCGCAAGGUGCCCGCGCCGCUGCGUUUCGCCCGUAACAGACACUUGCGGCACUGGACCAUUCACCGCGCGUGGUUGCUGUGGCAGAGAAAGGAGAGGGAGAGAGAGGAGAAGGAAUUGAUGAGAAUGUACCAGUCCAUGGCCUCAACGGCCGAGGAGCUCAGACACACGUCUGGACCUGGAACGAAGGAUGAGGGAUACCUGUACCGCGUGGCAAUGGAGAAGAAGGGACUGUUUGGACACAAGGCGAUCCCGAUCGAGUACGCCAGGCCACAGACUGAGACGCCGGCUAGAGUUGCUUGGAACCACGAAUGGACGCGCUGA